UAUUCAUGCACUUUUUGGGAGUGGGGUGACACUCGACAGUGUUUUACCACUCAUUCCAACCUUUCCCCAUCAUUCACUUUCAUUGAUUCCCACCUGAAAAUAAAAAUAAAAACAAAAACAAAACCUUACCCACAUUGCAUACCCACCUACUGGAAUAUCUCAAAAACUGAUUUAUCAAAUAUGAAAACAUAGGCCUCAAUUCCCCAUGAAACUCUGUUUCCUCGUUUUUCUCAUUCACUUGUUCACUCAUGGCCACUGCAACUCUGAUAUUCAUAUUGGAUACAAGGUCACCAUUCCUGUCCCAACAGAAUACAGCAUGGGGUUCAUAGGAAGAGCUUUUAUAAUUGAAUCUGAACAGAUGGUUCCCAAUUUCAAAGUUGCAUUGAGUGUUGAAUCUGGAGAGCAGAAGUACUCAUGUUCAUUAGAUGUUUUCCUCGGAGAUGUAAAAGUAUGGACUUCUGGCCAUUUUUCGCGGUUUUACACCACAGAGAAAUGUGUGCUCGAGCUGACUCAAAGCGGAGAUCUACAGUUAAAGGGUCAAGAGGACCGCCUUGGAUGGAAAGCCGGGACUUCUGGACAAGGUGUGGAGAGACUGAACUUACUAAGAACAGGUAACCUAGUUCUGGUAGACGCCCUCGACCAGAUAAAAUGGCAGAGUUUCAAUUUUCCUACCAAUAUAAUGCUCUGGGGGCAGAGAUUGAAUGUGAGAACUCACUUAACUUCUUUCCCCACCAACUCAACUUCAUUCUUUUCAUUCGAAAUCCAGCAUGACAAGCUUGCAUUGUACUUGAAUUCUGAUAAGGUCAAUUAUACGUACUGGGAAUUCAAGCCUCUCGGCAACCAAAACAUCACAUUUAUCAAAGUGAGCAAUAAAGGAGUAGACAUCUUUGGUGAUGAAUAUACGAAAAUUGACCAAAUUCCAUCAGGAGGAUUUCAACCCUUGCGAUUUAUGGCAUUGGGGAACGAAACGGGGAAUUUGGGUUUUUAUUACUACUCAACUGAGCAGGGGAAAUUUGAGGCCUCUUUUUUGGCUAUAAACAACAGUUGUGAUCUUCCUUUGGUAUGUAAGCCUUACGGUAUAUGUACAUUAUCUGAUGUUUGUUCGUGCAUUCGGUUCAUAACAAGAGAUGGGAUGAAUUCCAACUGCAGCAAUGGAAUUUCUGGAGGGUUUUGUGGGAAGAAUCAGAUGGAGAUGGUAGAAUUACCUGGCGUUACUACCGUAUUAAAGGGUACAAAUGUGAAGGAUAACGUGAGCAGAGAAAAGUGUUCGGAAAUUUGUUUGGAUGACUGUAAUUGUACUGCUGCAUUGUAUACAUUCGAUUCGGGAGAGUGUUUUUGGUAUGGUCUUGUUAGAGGAGUGAAACAGGUUUCGCGGUUGAAGGAAUCGAGUUAUAUGGUUAAGGUUCCGAAAGGAAGUGGUGGAGGUAAGGGGAAGAGUUCUGGUUUGAAAAAAUGGGUGUUGGUGGUUGUGGGAGUAGCUGAUGGAUUGAUUCUUGUUCUUGUUUUGGGAGGGAUUGGGUACUAUGUAAUUCAGAAGAGAAGAAAGAAUUUACAGAAUAUUGAUAACAAUUCCUAAACCCAAGUGGUUUCAUAGUUAAUUUUUUUGUGAGAAUUGACCAUCAAAAUACUCAUAUAAGCUAGAUCACUUGUAAUAGAAACUGACAUCAAUCGUUGUGGAAAGGCCUAUUUUCAUGGCAUAUGGUGUGCAAUUGUGUUUCCCUGUCAAAACUUGUGCAAAAGCUAUGGGUUUUUUUUUUUC